AUGGGGUUCACACCUUUCGAAAAGGUGCCUAAUGUGGCCCUCCGGAAUCUUAAUUUUAACGAUGAGCCUGCUGAUCAGUACUACGAACCCGUGCCCUUGGUACAACGUCCUGGAUACAAUACCACCGGAAAAGAUAUCUCCUUGUCGACAAACUUUUACCCGAUCCUUGAUUACCCAAAGGGUAAUGUUCACCAGUAUGAUGUCAUGAUCGGAAAUGGAGAUGAGAAGCGUGUUGUGAUCCAAAAAGUCUGGGACUCGAAUGCACGCAAGAGCAAGCUUGGUCGUGAUUUUAUCUUCGACGGAAGCAAGCUUGCCUGGUCUCUUACGAAACUUAAGCAUGAUCUUAAUAUUGUUGUUGAUCUCGACGCCGAGCAGGGCCGUACCGGCUCUAAGACUUCAAACGCCUUUCGAUUGGUUGUACGAUAUACGAAGACCAUCGGUUUGGCGGCGUUGGCAGCUGCAAUUCGCGGUAAUCAUAACACCGACAAGGAAGCCGGGCAAUGUUUAACCUUCUUCAACCAUCUAUUGCGUGAGACUCCGAGCCAAAAAUUCAUUGCUAUCAAGUCAUCCUAUUUUUCCGAAAAUAGUAUUCGAACAUCCGUUGGAUGUGGAGUCGAUGCCUUCAAAGGCAUAUUCCAAGCGAUUCGCGUAGUCCAGCCGGGGUCUCUUGCAAUAAACGUUGACGUCUCAAACGCGUGCUUCUGGUCACGCAACUCUCUUCUCGUCGUUGCACUCUCAGUCUUCGAAGUUCGUGACGCCCAGCAACUAAUUUUCAAUUGCAAGCCCGAAAGAGACGGCCUCGGCGGCUAUAAGGCCUCCAAGAAGUUUCAGCUCUUGGAGAGAAUGAGAAAGCUUUCUGUGAAAGCCGAUUACCCAGGCUGCCCUUGCCUAGACAAAGAAUGGACCAUCAAAGGAUUCCUUUUGGCAAAUUCAAAGGAGUACAAACUUGAAAUCAAGGAUCGUGCUACCGGAAAGAUCAAUAUGAUUUCUGUAUUCGAUUACUUCAAAAAUCGCUACAACUACCACUUGACCUACUGGGAACUACCACUAGUACAGAUGACCAAGAAAGAUGUUGUCUACCCCAUGGAGGUUUUGGUUAUCCAUAGGGCCCAGAAGUAUCCCUUUAAACUUAAUGAUCUACAAACUUCGUCAAUGAUCAAGUUUGCGGUUACUCGCCCUGCCGAGCGCCGCAAGGCCAUUGAAGAAUCAAAAAAGAACCUCCAACACCCUGCUGACCCAGUGCUAAAGGCCUAUGGCGUGGUAAUCGGUGAUAAAAUGAUCAAGACCCGUGCAAGACUGUUGCCGAACCCAGAGAUUCUCUUUGGGGGAAAUCAAAAGCUUAACCCACAAACCAAUGGCCGCUGGGAUUUGCGAGGCAAGAAGUUUUACUCCAAGAAUACCAAACCGCUUAAGUCCUGGGGAGUGGCCGUUUUCAAAGGGAGGCACCCAAUAAACAAGGCCCAAGUUGAGGCAUUCUGCGACGCGCUCGUGCGAGCAUACCAGGGACAUGGAGGCGACAUUGAGAGCCGUCGUCCAGAAAUUAUUGAAGUCGGACCCGAUCCAGCCAAAGGCGUUUUCGAUCUCUUCCACGCCACUGGCAAUAGGUUCAACCUACGCCCUGAAUUGAUGAUCUUUGUCGUGGCUGAUCGACAGAGUUUCCAUUAUUCACGAAUCAAGAAAUCCUGCGACUGUCGCUUCGGUGUGCCAUCCCAGGUCCUACAAGGUCAGCAAGUCGUCAAGUGCAACGGGCAGUACAUCUCGAAUGUGCUGAUGAAAAUUAACGCCAAGCUCGGUGGUACAACUGCGAGAGUGACGUCGAAGACUAGCAGCGGGCUUCCGCCCUAUACAAUGAUCAUUGGAGCCGAUGUCUCACAUUCAUCCCCAGGCAGCUUUUCGCCAUCGAUGGCUGCAAUGACUGUCUCUAUGGACACUUUUGGCGGUCGGUACACUGCUGGAUGCGAGACUAAUGGAGAGCGUGUUGAGAUUAUCAGCCAGGCAAACGUUAAGUCGAUAUUAUCUCCAUUAAUUCGUGAGUGGGUUAUGAACACUGGAAAGGGGAGUGUCCCAAAACAGGUCUAUUACUUCCGUGAUGGUCUUUCGAGCGGGCAGUUCCAGGCCUGCUUGCGAGAAGAAAUUCCACAUAUUAAGAAAAUCUUCACCGAAAUCAUGGGCAGUGAAUGGCCAGGGAAAAUGACAAUUGUUGUUGCAUCCAAGCGUCACCACGUCCGAGCCUUCCCAGAGCCGACUGAUCGUAUGGCCUCAGACAAGAACGGCAAUCCUUUGCCUGGCACUCUCAUUGAGAGAGAUGUCACAGAUCCCUACCGAUGGGAUUUCUUACUCUACUCCCACAUUGCUCUGCAAGGAACAUCUCGUCCGGUGCACUACCAUGUGCUUAUAGACGAGAUGAAGCACAACCCAAAUCAGCUUCAGAACAUGAUUUAUGAUCAUUGUUACCAGUACAUGCGCUCAACCACCUCGGUCUCUCUGUUCCCGGCCGUUUAUUAUGCGCAUCUUGCGUCGGCUCGAGCUCGAUCCCAUGAGGACGUACCUGCUAGCUCCGGACCACAGUCUGGACCUGGUAUCAAACAGGGCCAGGCUCCUCCUCCAGGACCCCGUGAUACCGAGAUUCCACAAUUGCUUCCAAUGCCAAACAAUGACCGCAUUGGGUUUAAGAUGUGGUACAUCUAA